UCAAUUUCAAAGCGUCGACUGCCGGUCGAUAAUUGUCAUGAAAUGCACCAAAUUUCAACUGUUUUUUGUUUAAUUUUUUAAUUCUAAGCUAUCCUAACGUUUUCUAAUAUGCUACCGAGGUCGCAGUACUUUUUAUACCUUCUUUCGACGGCAAGUUUGUUGUCCAUCAUCUGUGGUUCCAGUGUCGUUGAUUUAAAUCAUAACAAUGUCGAGACAGAGCUAGGCAAAGCCAAGGUUACCUUCGUGAAUUUUUACGCAGAUUGGUGCAGAUUUAGUCAAAUGUUAAAGCCCACAUUUGAACAGACAGCAAAUAUUUUAAAAGAAGAAUUUCCUAAUGAUUUAGUACUAGCAAGAAUAGAUUGUGAAGACCAGCAGGAUGUCUGCCAAAGAUUUAAUGUGAAUAAAUAUCCAACAUUAAAAGUAUUCAGAAAUGGACAGGUGACAAAACGAGAAUUCCGUGGUCAAAGAACCGUUGAUGGUCUGUCCAAAUUUUGCCGAGACCAAUUGUCCGACAGAGUGCAUGAAUUUCAUGCCUCCCAAGAUUUGCAUGUGGAGCAAUCGAAAAGAAAUGUAAUUGGUUACUUUGAGUCAAAAGAAGGGGAAAAUUUCAAAGCCUUUGAGAAGGUGGCUGAUCAAUUGAGGGAUGACUGUGAAUUCCAUGUUGGAUUUGGUGAUGCCUCUGCAAGAGACAGACAAGAUGGUGACAAAGUUGUCUUCAAGUCAAAUAAUAUGGAUGUACAAUAUGGCGGUCCACUAAAUGAUGAAGCUGGUCUGAAACAAUGGGCUAGUGAAAAUUGUGUUCCCUUGGUUCGUGUUAUCACAUUUGAAAAUGCUGAAGAGUUGACGGAAGAGGGAAUACCAUUUCUUUUAUUGUUCCAUCAUCCUGAUGACAAGAAUAGUGCAGAGCUGUACAGAAAUACUAUUCAAAAUCAUUUCCGUAGUCAUAAAGGAACCAUCAACUUUCUUACUGCAGAUGGCAUUCAGUUUUCCCAUCCACUUCACCAUUUGGGAAAAUCUGCAAGUGAUCUGCCGCUGAUUUGCAUAGACAGUUUCCGUCACAUGUACACCUUCCCUAGAUUUGAUGACAUCAAGAAUCCAGCCAAUUUAGAAAAGUUUCUGGCUGAUUUUCAUUCUGGCAAACUUCAUCGCGAAUUCCAUCAUGGACCCGACCCCACUGAACCACCUCAAGGACAAGACGAAAGUGACCAAGGUCAUCCAGUUGACGAGCACGGGCAACGUAUUGAUAUGAACAACCAGGACGGCGGCAAUGGUGAUUAUGACGAACAGACUGAUCCUCCUGAAACCGUCUUCAAAAAACUAAAACCAAGCCACGAUAGAUACACGCUAUUGAAAGACGAGCUUUAGGCGAUGCGAAUAUGAAAAAAAUAAGUGUACACUUGAAUUAUUACUAACGUAUAUAUUAUGUAUUCAA